AUGACUGCUUCCGGGGCCUUGCAAUCGUACAAUUUGCUUACAAAGCUGUUACCUGGUUGCUGUUUUUGCCUAGUGCGAACAUGGAAAGACUGUAAUACUAUGAUGCAAGAGGUUUUUGAAUUCUCAGGUUAUCACAGGGUUAUGGUCCAUAAAUUUCAUGAUGACGAUCAUGUAGAGGUUGUGUUUGAGAUGACAAAGCCAAGCCUUGCACCUUAUUUUUGUUUACAUUAUCCAGCCACAGAUAUCCCUCAGGCUGAAUGCUUCUUAUUCAUCAAGAACAAGGUCCGAAAUUUCUGUGAUUGUCGAACAAAACAUGUGCAAGUGUUUCAAGAUGAGAAGCUUCCAUUUGAUCUAACCUUUUGUGUGGUGGUAAAUGAUGGAAAUGAAGAUCGCGAGAGCCCUGAUUUUGCACAGGCACACAAGAGAAAGAGGCUUUGGGGUUUAGUGGUGUCCCAUAACACUAUUCCUAGGUUUGUUGCCUACUCUCUUUGUUAUGCAUGUGAAUUUCCUGCUCAAGUAUUUGAAAUCCAAGUCAACAAGGAAUUGGAAUUGGCCAAUCAGAUCCUUGAGGAGAAUAUCCUACAUAGACAGACACUAUUGUGUGAUAAUCUGAUGAGAGAUGCACCCCUUGGAAUUGUGCCACAAAGCCCCAAUAUCAUGGAUCUUAUGAAAUGUGAUGGGGCUGCUCAGCAAUUCAGGAAUAAUAUAAAUAGGCUUGGAGGCACUCCUUCUGACUUUCAGCACCAUGAUAUAGUUUCGUGGCUUUAA